UUUCGCCUUCUCGGACCGAAUUUUUGACUUUUCCCCUAAAAAGUUCACACUGGGGUGCGAAAAAUUUAUUUCGAAGGCAAAUUUGGAUUUUAUAUGACAGUGAUUUGAUUUCCACAUGAUUGCUUGUGAUGGUGAUUGAUUUUUGUGGUUCUCCAAGGACGCAGCAUGGAUAUAAAUAUAAAUAAAGAUCAUGCAAAUCUGAAUUUUUAAUCUGGGUCCAGUUCUUAGUAGCUGAUUAUAAACAUCAAACAAUCUACCUUUCAAUAUGAAAAUUUCAUGCAUAGUUAUGUAUUUAUUGAAUUGCAUAGUUUUUCUAAGCUUUGAAAUCAAGCAUCAACAAUUGUUUGUCAAUGAAAUAAAAACAAUAAAUCUUAAGUUGUAACUGUGACAUACACACAUUUUUGCAGUUUUAUAUUGAAAAUGGACGAGUAUUACGAAAAUGCAAGAGUUCCACUAAGCUCAGUUGGAUUGAAAUAUAACUAAGGAUUAUACAAUUAAAACGCUUGAGUGUUAAUGAAGACUACUUUAAAUCUUCAAUACUCAUUCCACAAAAGUGACAUCCAUAUUUAUUACACAUAGUGUGACUUAAAGACUUGUAUGAUAAAUACUUCUGACGUUUUUACAUUGGUUGACCUAGAAUUUUAAACUACAGUCGACAAAAUUUAGUGCAGAUGUUUUAUUGAUUUUGAAGUUGAAUUUUACAAGUUGUUCAAUUGCACUUGUAAAGUACAUAUUUUCUGAAGAAUAAGAUCUCUUCUGGAUUGACGACAAUUUAAAUCUGUGUUUUAUCUGUCAUUGGUCAAAAGAAUGGCCCACUACGUGAAGCAACUUGAAGCUUCAAUGAAUGUCAAGUUCUGGGUUAGGAUAACUCUAGUUUGCAGUCUCCUAUGCAUGGAACUAAAUUGCACAUUGUGCAACAGUGGAGUUUGUCCAGAAGAGCAGAAAACAGACCGCUCCAGGAGCUGGCAGAAGUCUCGGACGCUGUCAAGACCAGCAAGAAGGGCAGACACAGAUCUCGUCCCAUAUUUCGAUAAUUCCACAAGCAGAAAUGUAACCACAACUUCUGGGAAAACAGCAUACCUUCCAUGUAGGGUGCGGCAUCUUGGAGACAGAACCGUUUCUUGGAUCCGCCGUAAAGAUCUUCAUGUGUUGACAGUAGGAAGGUUUACUUACACAAGUGACCAGAGGUUCCAGACAAUUCAUUUGGAAAACUCAGAUGACUGGACCCUUCAAGUGAAAUAUCCUCAGAGAAAAGACGGAGGUGUUUACGAGUGCCAAGUCAGCACAGUUCCAAAGAUGAGUCAUUUUGUCUCACUUGACGUCAUUGAGAGUAAAGCCAAAAUUAUUGGUGGCCCCACGCUGUAUAUCAACAGCGGCAGCACCAUCAACCUCACAUGUCUUGUUAUGGAAAGUCCUGUCCCUCCAGACUACGUCUUCUGGUACCACAAUGGUAAAGUCAUCAACUAUGAUUCUCCCAGAGGAAUCAGCGUGCACACUGAGAAAGCUCAAAGAACCACGAGCAAGCUCCUCAUCAGUAAUGCUCAACCGAGCGACUCCGGGAAUUAUUCCUGUGUACCAUCAAAUGCUGAGCCAGCAGCGAUUGGAUUACAUGUAUUAAAUGGCGAACAUCCAGCAGCAAUGCAGCAUGGGAAACAUACAUCAUCCGGGUCGUGUCUUCCAUCAUCCUGGAAUGUGUUGCUCCAUUUAAUUAUGAACCUAGUUCUUCUUAAGUAUAACAAACGGUGAUAGGCCAAGCUCCAACUCAUGUAUUUUUAUUAUGCAAUAGCGUAAAAAAGUCAUACAUCACUAUCAAUUGAAAUUUAAUAAAGAUAAUGAAAGAAUAAAAUAAAACCAUUUCGUGUGUAAACUAUCAACUGACUCGGUGGCGUCAUCUAUGGGAGGAUUUUCUUAAAAAAUGGGGCACGUAGGCGUACUGAAGAAAUCGAUUCUUCGGCGGAAAAUGACUCUUGCCGCCAUCUAUGGACGAACAUGAGAAACAACUGGUGUGAAUAUAUUUAUCCAGAAACUCAUCUUAUUGCAAUCAAGUAUCUUGGAAACACAACAUGGAAUAAUUAUAUCAUGUUAUGACGUGGACUUACUUGUACAAAACGUGAAAAUGUGUGAAUACAAGUUUUAAAAGGUGACAUUAUUUGUUCAUAAUGAUUAAAGAAGAAUAAAUUAAUCACUUCGGAACCUUAGAUAUUCUCUUGCAACGGAACCGGAUGUUUUGUAAGUGAGCUUAGAAAUGGAUAAGAACAAUUAAUUUCUAAAGAACAUUAUAAUUUGGACGGUACAUUAAACAAGAGAUAAUCCGAGCGGUUUAAUAAAACUAACGAUAGUCAGAUUUUGAAUUUUUUCGGCAACUGUUCAUCAUAUUGUGUUUACAUGUGUUACAAUUGUACCCCGGUAGAAAUCUUUAAAUACUAUAAAUAUAUAAAUAUGCUAUAUCCUAAGAAACUUUUCACUUUGUAACUUGCAGCACGGUGAUUGGCUGCGCGAAUUGAACACAGUAUUUCGUUUAUUUGUUUAUUUAUUUUGUGGAGUGUCCAACUUUGUAUAAUUUUUAGCAAAUAGAAAAAAAAAUAAACAAACGUGUGAGUGAAAGGUUGAGUCAGUUGGAGUGAUUGGGGUAAAAGUGACUUUUUAAAGCUUGAAAAGCUUUGUUUCGUUUCAUGGGCUCGUUUCCGAACUCAUUUUAUUGCACAAUUUCUAUGUGUUCCCAUUAUUUAAAAAUCCAUUUUUCUUUUACAUUCUCGUUUAUAAAUGCUUUUAGAAAACAGGGGCUUUUUAUCUUACUCGGAAUUAUGAUUAUAAUUCUGAAUUUUCUGUCACUCUAUACCCCUCUAUACAAUUUUUAAUAAAAGAAAUGGAAAAAAAGCAUAAUGUGUUAAAAAAUUAAGAGAUUUUUUUAAACUAAAACCGGUAUGCUUGAUAAAAAAAUAAUAAAAAUAAAAAAUGAAAUAAAAUAAGAAGAUUGGUGCUAUUACAAAGGUUCGUAAAAAAAGUCACGGAUUUUACAAAUAAACAAAUUUUCAAUAUGUAGAAUUAUAAACAAAGGAAAGCUCAUCCAUGUCUCUGUAUGUGCUAUGCUUGCAUUUGGAAGGUAAUUUUAAAAUAAUCUCAUAGCAUCAUUGCCACAUAACAAUAUUUGAAAAAUCUACUUUCUUUAAACAAAUUACUUCAAGUAAACAGACACAGUUCAACAAUAUAAUAUAAAUAUUUAAUAAUAUUUAGUAUGCAAAUAUUUUAACAUUAUAAUAUAAAUAAAUUUUAAUUCAAUAUUUUUUAACCUACUGUAAAGUUUUACUACUUUAGCAUACAGCACGGUUGUUAAAACUACUUAAAAACAUAACGCUAAGUCGUAAUGAACAAAAACUUUCUAAUCUCGAAAAAGGAUACGUAUAGCAUUGAGCUGUAAAUCAAUGAGAUAAAACGCCCUUGUGUUAGAGGGUCCAUGACAGUUCUAUUUUGGAACAAUUGAUGUAUUUAUCGAAUUACAGGUAAGUCCUUAAAUGAAUGUCUUUCUUUGCUCGCAAAUGUAAAAUUUUAUUUUUACUGUACAUUGUUUUCAAAGCAGACUUGUAUGUAAAUAUUUCCCAAGAAAUAAGUGAAACUAAAACUCUUUUCGCUA